GGGCUUAUACAUAUUUACGUCAUAGUUUGCACAGAAUGGGUUCAAAGGUUCAAAUAUUUGAUGAAAUUCAUAUAGUAAACGACAAAUCAUUUUAGGAUCAAUUGUGUAUUGAGCAAAAAUAAUAUAUAAUUUCCUCAUGUAAUUUUAUUGUAUUAAUUUGGUAAAUAGUGGGUCAACAUUUUUUACUCGAGAAAUCAUUAAUGGUUUUUACUGUGCACAAGGUAAAGUCUUUCCCUGUUCAUGCGCGGUUAUAUUAAUGAAAAAGCUGUACAUGCGUAACUGAAGUUGAUUUUGUAGACUGGAUGAGUGUGCAAGUAUUUUUAUUCACAGACAGGUCAGGCAGGGUCGUUCCUUAUUUUUUUCUGGUUUUUGCCGAAAAACCGGACAGUCACAUUACGUCUAUAAUCUUCAUACUUUAUUCUAUUAUGCUAAAUUUGUAGUGAAAACAUUAAGAAUCAAAUAUGCAGAGCUUGAAAGUAUUAGGGGCCUGUCAGGCGGUUCUCAAAUUUCAAAGGGGAAUUGCUUCCAUUUCCUCGCUCCCUGAAACUCACCAAAUGUUGUACAAAACAUGCAGAGACUUUGCCGAGGAGGAGUUAAAGCCAAUCGCGGCAAAGAUAGAUAGAGAGCACAAAUUUCCUGAAGAACAAUUAAAAAAAAUGUCAGACCUCGGAUUACUUGGAGUCACAAUGCCCGAAUCUUUAGGCGGAACAGGCUUGGAUUACCUGGCAUAUGCUAUAGUCAUGGAAGAAAUAUCUAGAGGAUGUGCCAGCACCGGAGUCAUAAUAAGUGUUAUGAAUUCACUCUUCUUAGGUCCAAUAGAAAAAUUCGGCUCAAAGGAACAAAAAGAAAAGUACAUCACGGAGUUUCUUAAAAAUAAAAAACUUGGAUGCUUUGCCCUGAGUGAACCAGGAAAUGGUUCGGAUGCUGGAGCAGCCUCCACUGUAGCCCAAUUAGAAGGAAGUAAUUACAUCGUUAAUGGCACUAAAUGCUGGAUUACAAACGGAUAUGAAGCAGAGGGUACUGUUCUCUUUGCAACAACAGAUAAAGCUAAGAAGCACAAAGGUAUAAGCUCCUUCAUAGUCGAUAAACCUACACAGGGAUUAUCUCUUGGCAAAAAGGAGGACAAAUUAGGAAUCCGUGGUAGCAGUACAUGUUCAUUAAUUUUUGAAGACUGCCCUGUGCCUGUCGAGAAUAUUCUUGGAGAACCGGGAAUGGGGUUCAAAAUUGCAAUGAUGACUUUAGAUUCUGGAAGGAUUGGUAUUGCUGGUCAAGCUUUGGGAAUAGCUCAAGCUUCUCUAGACUGCGCAAUGGAAUACGCUUCCAAGCGAACUGCUUUUGGACAGCCUAUUGUCAAGCUGCAGGCUAUCCAGCAGAAAUUAGCAGAUAUGGCUCUGAAGGUUGAAAGUUCGAGGCUACUCACGUGGAGAGCAGCUUACCUUAAAGAUAAUAAUAAGCCUUAUACCAAGGAAGCUGCGAUGGCGAAAGUCUCGUCCUCAGAGGCCGCAACAUUCUGCUCCCAUCAAUGCAUCCAAAUUUUAGGCGGAAUGGGCUACGUAAGCGAUAUGCCAGCAGAGCGUUAUUAUCGAGAUGCCCGUAUCACCGAAAUUUACGAAGGAACCUCAGAAAUACAGAGGCUCGUAAUAGCCGGAAAUCUGAUAAAAGAAUUGAAUCUAUAAUUAACUGGAAUUUUAGUAAUCAAUUUUAAAAUGCAAUAAGGCCAUAUUGACUCAACCCGAGAAUGUUUAAAACUACUAUAUUUUUAUUUGUGACACGAUAUUUUUCUAUGCUAUAAGGAAGAAUAAAUUUUAUAUGUUAUUA